AUGAAGAAACUUUGCAUGUCAGAGUUUCUUAAUGGAAAGAUGCUUGAUCAACUUCUUCCCAUAAGAAAAGAUGAGAUAAACCGAUUUUUGCAGAUGAUAGUGAAAAAAAGUGAAGUAAAUGAGGCUGUGAAUGUUACUAAUGAGCUUUUGAAACUUACAAAUAGUAUAGUGAUGAAAAUGUCAAUAGGAAAAAGCUGUUUUAAAGAAGAUGAUGAAGCUCAUAAGGUUACAGAAAGGGUGAGAGAAUCUGCUAUGGUGAGUGGAAUGUUUAAUUUGGCUGAUUAUUUUUGGUUUUGUAAGAGAUUGGAUAUUCAAGGAAUUAAGAAAAGGUUAAAGGAUGUUCAUGAUAGGUUUGAUAAUAUGAUGGAGAAUAUUAUCAAAGAGCAUGAAGAGGGUAGAAGUAAAUUAGAAAGAAAGGAUGGUGCAAAGGAUGUAUUAGAUGCUCUUUUGAGUAUUUAUGAAGAUCAAAACUCAGAGAUCAAAAUAACUAGAGAUAACAUCAAAGCCUUCUUGGUGGAUAUGUUCACAGGUGGGACAGAUACAACAGCUGUUACUCUAGAAUGGUCAUUAGCAGAACUAAUUAACCAUCCAACUAUAGUGGAAAAAGCAAGGAAAGAAAUCGACUCAAUGAUUAGAAAGGAUAGAAUAGUAAUAGAAUCAGAUAUAUCUUAUCUUCCUUAUCUCCAAGCCAUAGUGAAGGAAACACUAAGACUUCACCCUCCAUCUCCAUUUAUAUUGAGAGAAUCAACAGAAAACUGCACAAUUUCGGGAUAUGAUAUCCCAACAAAAACUCAAAUUUUUACUAAUAUUUGGGCUAUUGGAAGGGAUCCAAAGAAUUGGGAUAACCCUCUUGAAUUUAUGCCAGAAAGGUUUCUUAUUAGUGAUGAAAAUGGAAAUGAGAGUCCUGUUGUUGAUGUUAGGGGACAAAAUUAUGAGCUUAUGCCUUUCGGAAGUGGUAGAAGAAUGUGUCCUGGUACUUCACUAGCACUAAAUGUUGCUCACACAACCCUUGCAAAUAUGAUUCAUUGCUUUGAAUGGAAGAUUGAAGAUGGAGGAAAUGUUUGUGUUGACAUGAAUGAGGGUCCUUCAUUUAUUCUUUCAAGAGCUCAGCCACUUAUUUGCUUCCCAACACCAAGGUUAUUGCCUUUUCCUUCUGAGUGAUACUGAUUCUUGUUAUCAACAAUAGACUAAGAAACCAAGUGAUUGGUUUCAUGUGGAUAACAAGCUCUGGUUAAGGACAAAUCAUUCGGGAAAACUCGAGUUCGAAUCCUGAAUGGAAUGAUCUUUGGCCAAACUUUAAUUAUCUCUUGGUCGACUUCAGAUUAUCAGGACGCCCUUCCCUUGAAAAUUAAAGACUUAAGACCAUAUAAAAUAAUAUAGACUAAAAACAAAAAAAAGAGAUGUUGGUGCUGCAAUUAUGAAUUUGAUGCAAUAGUUUCUGAUGUACACUAGUUUCUUAUGAUGUGUUGUUUACAAUGGGUUUUAGUUAAUUUCUAUAUAAUGUUUUCUCAAAGUCUAUGAUGACCUAGGCCACAAGGUGUAGAAUUUGUGUCCAUAGAAAGUGAUAUUUUGCAAUUUUUCUUCAUAUUUACUUGAAUUUGGAUUAAGGUAAUCAAUUUAUAUAAGAAUCAUCUCAGCAGCU